UACCGCUUAACGGCUGUCAUGGACGCCAAAACAUGGUUCAAGCUCUUAUCGUUCUUGGACAUUUUGAAAAUACACACUACUUUUCUUCGAUAAUGACUGGAAAAGCGUUUUAAAUAUGUCAGAAGUGCCUGUUCGUGUCGCUGUCAGGGUUCGUCCUCUUGUAGGCCAGGAGAAAGUCCAUCAAGUCCCUCAGUGUGUGGAGUUUGUGGCGAAUAAACCUCAACUGAUCUUAGGAAAGGACAGGGGAUUCACGUUUGAUUAUGUUUUCCAACCAGAUGCAUCGCAGGUGGAAGUCUACGAGAGCUGUAUUGAGCCACUAGUCAAGAGUUGUCUUGAGGGGUACAACGCCACUGUGUUUGCAUAUGGACAGACAGGUUCAGGAAAGACCUAUACCAUUGGGGGACUGGACACAGGCGGGCUGAUGGAUGACCAGUAUGGCAUCAUUCCGAGAGCGGUCAAACAGAUCUUUCAAGCUUUUGAGGAGAGCAAGCAGAAGAUAGUAUUUGAGGUACAUGUGUCAUACAUUGAGAUAUAUUUGGAGGAGUUGCGGGAUCUACUAGAUCUGGAUACAUCCAGUAAAGAUAUACACAUCAGAGAGGAUGAUAAGGGCAAUACAGUUGUUGUGGGUGAAUGUAGCACUUGGUCCAUUAAAGUAUGCUUGUCUGCAGUAGUGCCUUGGGGCAGUCUAUCAGUUUAUGUUGUUGUAGGUGCCAUGGAGCAGCCGGUCCAGUCACUGGAUGAGGUGAUGAGCUGUCUGGACACAGGUUCUGCUGCACGACACACUGGGGCCACCAAUAUGAAUGAGCAAUCUAGCAGAUCUCACGCAAUAUUCACUAUGUAUAUAGGUCAAAAGCCUUUUGAAGAUCCAGAGCAGAUCACAUCCCAAGAGAAUGUCAGAAAACAAAGCCAGGAGUCAGACGUCGACUACAUGGAUUACAAGUACUCCAAGUUCCACUUUGUGGACCUUGCCGGGUCCGAGAGGGUAGACAGGACGGGGAAUGUCGGAGACAGGUUUAAAGAGUCUGUGCAGAUAAACACGGGUCUGCUGGCCUUGGGAAACGUCAUCAGUGCACUUGCAGAUGCACGCAAAAAGAUUCUGCAUGUACCUUAUAGAGAGAGUAAAGUCACACGCUUGCUCAAGGAUUCCCUUGGAGGGAAUGCUCGCACAACCAUGAUAACAUGUCUAAGCCCAGCCGCUGCCGACUUUGCUGAAAACCUCAACACGUUAAAGUUUGCAACAAGAGCGCGAAACAUACGGAACAAGCCGGUAAUCAACAGAGAUCCACAAAACACUAAACUUGCCGAAAUGCAGAACCAAAUAAUGGCGUUACGUGAGGAGCUUCAGCGUCGUAGAGUGUCGUCUAUCGGAUCAGCUGCGACAACCGACACCAGCGAGCAUGUCAAGGAACUUGAGGAAGAACUGAACAGAUGUCGUUCUGUUAGCGAACACUACUCCGAACUCCUGAUGGAAGCAUCUGUGCUUCUCGCCUCCCUGCACAAAGCCGGUGCUAUGUCGAACCACCAGACGAGUGAAUACGAGCACUGGACGAAACGCAUCGAGCAGAUCCGAAGUCGUCCGAUCUGGACACCGACUAGUGGUAGACAACAGCAGCUGGAUGUUAUCGUGGAGCUAAAGAAGAACAACCAAAAAUUGAAGUCUGACCUGGCAAGUGACGAGGAAAUCUUUGCAGAGAAGGCCAAAGAAAUCAACAAUCUCAAUGAUCGCAUCCGAACACUUGAGGAACAAAACAAUUGCCUCAAGGAGCAACUAAAGCAGAGCCUGGAACGAGUCAGAAAACAGGAAGACCAACUCUUCCAACAGCAGUUGCAGCUUAACCAGAGACAUGAUGGUGUGUCCGUUUCCCGCAAUAAACUACCGUUGAUUCCUGAAACUCGUACGAGGGCGCAGACAGCGCCUGUCGACAAUACCGCUGACCCUAGUACCGAGGGGCGAAACUUGCACAGCAGCCCUUCAACGUUCAACACCGAUAGGAUGCUGCAGGGGUUCCGCGCUCGCAGUCAACUGCUGGUCAGCAGGUUGGAAGAGCAGGACGAGGUGUUGUGUACUCUUUCAGACACGAGUGACAGCGAGGAUGAGCACAGGCCUGAACAUGCGGGCUCAAGGGCGCUUGGCAAAACGUGGAAAGUGAAAACCAACAGAACACCAGGACUAGUAGAUGGUUUGCGAGCUUGUGGGGGUGGGGUGGUUAAGACCGAAGGCGUACCCAGCUCCCAUGAAGACCAGGAGGCAUUGUUAUCAAAUCUGCGCUGCAGCACGAAGCUCAUGGGAAAAGAGAUGAAAGAAGCCGAGCUAGGCCUCCACGAAGCGCAGCAGAAGUUAAGAGAUCUCACCAUAAACAUCAAAUUGAAAGAAGAGUUCAUCAAAGAACUUGUUAAAAGUGACAAGGAAGCAAAGGAGAUGAAAAAGCGUUACACAGAGAAGACAAAAAGCAUGCGUCAGGAGGUUGAGAAGGCGAAGAGCGAUUUGGAGGAGACGAAGCGAACACUGGAGACGUACGAGAGUCGGGCAAAUAACGAACUCAACGAGAAGCAAAAACUGGAAAGCGAGUACAAACGCAAGAUGCAAGUCAUGGAGGCUAAGAUAGCCACUCUCAGGCGAAAACAGAAGGAUAGUGAGAAAGUAAGCGCUAUGCAUGACGAACGCGAGAAGAAAGUCCAGGAUCUCAUGACACAGAUGGAGCGCAUGCGCGCACAGCAAGACCAGCUGACCAAGAGACUGCGGGAGGAGAGUGAUCGGAAAGCGCGCCUUGAAAGAGAUAUGCAGAAACAGCUACAGCGAGUUAAGGAAUUGGAACAACAGACGUCACAGCAGCAGAAGGUGUUGAAGAGGAAGACAGAAGAGGUGGCUAACGUGCAGCGGAAACUGCGAACUGUGGGGAAACAGGGGUCAGACGACAGCACUGCGUCUGAAGAACAGGCAAAACUUGAGAAGCAGCGCUUGUGGCUGGACUCGGAGGUGGAGAAGAUCCUAAAGCGCAAGCAAGCAAUCGAGACCCUGGAGGAAGAACUGAAGAAACGCGAGCAGAUCGUACAGCAGAGGGAGGCGAUGGUGGCGGAGAAGAGCGGACUGGAGAUCAAGAAGCUGCGCUCAAGUCAAGUCCUCAGCAAGGACAUCAUCCGCCUUUCUGUGCAAGUGAACGAAGUAGAAAGUCAGAUCAAAGAGAAAGGGGAUGAAAUGAAACGUAGCCAUAGUAACAACGCUAAGGAGGAACUUCACUCACUAGCUCGGACUAGAGUUGAGCUCAGCAAACAGCGGGAGAUCCUGGAGCAGAAGCUACAGCAGGGUACCCUCCUCGAUCCCAAUGAGGAACGAAGGUUGAUUGAGCUAGACGAGGGAAUAGAAGUCCUAGAAGCAGCCAUUGAAUACACGGACGAGCAGAUCCACACUCAGCAGCGAGAGAUAGAGGAUGACGUCACACCUGACACACCCUCCCUGGGUCUUGUGGACAGACUCAAAGGCUUAUCUCAGGACCAGGCUGCUGGAUUACUCUCAAGGUACUUCGAAAAAGUCGUCCAGCUACGCGAGGAGGACCGGAAGUUGCGACUUCAAUGCGCCGACCUGGAAGUGAGGCUAGACGAGCAGGAGCGGAUCAUCGGGGAACUGGGGAGAAGCUUAAACCAAUCCAAGCUUCAGGCGGACCGCAAGAUGAUUGAGCAGCAAAAAGAGGGCGAGAAACGAAUCCAGUUUCUCAUCAGCAAACUAAAAGAUGCUGAGAACGCCGGCGGGGGUGACCCGGCCAUCAGUACUGGUGAUACGGGUCUCCGUAUGCAGCAGCUGGAAAAGGACUUGUACUACUACAAGAAAACCUGUCGAGACCUGAAAAAGAAACUGCGAGAGCGCAUGACUGGAAUGGUGGAGAGCGCUGAGAGCGGGAUCGCAGGUGCCAGUGCAAUUGUGGAGACCUCCGAUCACCACAACGCAAAACAGAUAAAGGACUCCCUCCUAGGGAAGAGUAGUUCCCAGCCCUCCACUCCUGUCAGGAUGUCGCGCAAGGGUCUGAGGCAGCUCAGCGCUCAAGAAAUCCAACAACGAAAACCUCUCACUGUUGGUGCCCAGUCCUCGGUGGUGGCGUCGAAUAACGACGGUCGCGUUUCGCAGAGCGUCACCGAAGAGCCUGAGGAAGAGUCGAUUAUACAAGACUCAAUCGAGCAAGGGAAUAACCCAUGGGCAUGAAAAACAAACCUCGUGGUUUUCCCACAAUUCCACCUUAGUCUCUAUCGAUAACCCUGUCAUUUGUUCCCACUUAAAAGACUUAGAAGGAUGUCAAAGUAUUUGAACUGGGUGUGCCGGAGCAUGUAGUCGUACCAGUAGAAAUAGUCUUUGAGAUGCUCCCUACUCUGGUUGGACGUGCGCUUCACAUAGGGGCAUGGGGCGAGUGCUGACCGUAUUGCCGCGUAAAUUAAAACAUGAGAUGAACAAAAUGGACCACGCUUGAAAUAAACAAUCUUUCGUAUCC